AUGUUCUCGGUCGUUUUCUUCUUCGUCCUGGGUGUGUUUGUUGUAUCUAAGUUGAAUGCGCCAGUCCAGAGACGUGGCUUCGAUAUCCGGCAUAAACCCCAACUCGGCACACCUCUGCUGUCUAAAGCCCGCGCAACGGCAAUAGGGGACAAGUACCUCCUUGGGGUUGGCAAAGCUGAUGUAACUGGGCCCGUUGUCGAGCUGAACUUUGCUGGGUACGCCUCUUCGGCCCAGACGGGCACGGGGUUGCGGCAACGCAUCUAUUCGCGAGCUUUUAUUGUUGGCGAUGUCGACAACCCGGACGAUCGGUUCGUGUAUCUAAUUCUGGAUACGCAAUCGGGCGACACUGCGGUGAGAUAUGGUAUCUUGGAUGGCUUGGCUGCGCUUGGAGACGACUACUCCAUGUAUGGACAGUCAAAUGUGGCUGUCACGGGAACUCAUUCGCACUCGGGCCCAGGAGCAUGGUUCAACUAUCUGUUGCCUCAGAUUACCAGUUUGGGCUUCGACAAGCAGAGUUACCAGGCUGUCGUCGAUGGCGCUCUGCUCUCUAUCCAAAGAGCUCACGCAUCGCUCGAGGAGGGCUACCUUGAUUAUGGAACUGUGAACAUCACAGAUGGCAACUUGAGCCGCAGUUUAUAUGCGUAUAUGGCCAAUCCUGCGUCCGAACGAGCCCAGUACCCAGACAGCACCGACAAAACGAUGACCGUGCUCAGAUUUCAGCGUGCUUCAGAUAGCAAGAACAUCGGUCUACUGUCAUGGUACCCUGUCCACGGCACGUCCAUGUUGGAAAACAAUACCCACGUGACCGGUGACAACAAGGGAGUGGCGGCCAUUAUGUUCGAGAAAGAGCUCCAAGGUGACGCCAGCACUGCCGAAGGCUUCGUCGCCGGUUUCUCCCAGGCCAAUGUCGGCGACACCACGCCGAACGUUUUGGGGGCUUGGUGCGAUGAUGGAUCAGGUCAAAUGUGCUCCUACGAGAACAGCACUUGUGCUGAUGGCAAAUCUCAAAGUUGCCAUGGUCGCGGCCCCCUCUUCGGGAACUUGGAUCUUGGAGUUUCCAGCUGUUACGAAAUUGGGAGGCGCCAGUACGCUGGUGCGAAGUCAGUCUUCGACUCCUUGAGCUCUUCAGGCACCCUUGUCGUGGGAGCAAGCGUCAAGUCGUUCCAUUUCUAUCAGGAUAUGCAAUACUACAAGUUUUCCCUGGAUAAUGGCACCGAGGUUCAAACCUGUCCCGCUGCCUUAGGAUACUCGUUUGCAGCAGGCACCACUGAUGGCCCUGGCGCAUUUGACUUCACGCAGGCAGAUUCAGGUAGCCCUGACGCGAAUCCUCUCUGGGCACUUGUAAGCGGUGUCCUCAGGGAGCCAUCCGCAGAGCAAAAGGCUUGCCAGUAUCCCAAGCCGGUUCUACUCGACGUCGGCGAGCUGUCUGAGCCAUACGUCUGGAGCCCCAACAUCGUGGAUAUGCAGGUGUUGCGCGUCGGCCAGUUCGUCAUCAUCAUCAGUCCCAGCGAGGCAACCACCAUGGCCGGACGCCGCUGGAGAGCCGCAGUCAAGGAGGCAGUAUCCGAGUUCCUCGACGAGGAGCCCAUGGUUGUUCUCGGCGGGCCGGCAAACACGUAUGCGCACUACUGCGCCACGCCAGAGGAAUAUGCAAUCCAGCGGUACGAGGGCGCAUCGACUCUAUACGGCCCCUGGGAACUGCCCGCCUACAUCAACUUGACUGUCAGCAAAUUGCACUACCUCUCCCCCACAGCAACAGGAGCACCGCCCGCUGGGCCUUCGCCGCCUGACAACCGUGAAACCUCGCUCAGUUUCAUCUCGGGCGUGGUAUUUGAUGCUGCCCCCCUUGGAUCGUCCUUCGGCGACUGCAAAGUCCAGCCGAACACCACAUACGCCCGCGGCGCCGUCGUGAACGCCACGUUCGUCGGAGCUAACCCGCGGAACAACCUGCGGCUCGAGGGCACCUUUGCCGCUGUCGAGAAGCUGGUCGGUACGGAGUGGACGGAGGUACGUGAUGACAGUGAUUGGUUCCUGGUCUACACCUGGACGCGGACGAAUACCGUGUUGGGUUACAGCGACGUCGUCAUCAGCUGGGAGACGGAGUCUGAUGCCGAGACGGGCACGUAUAGGAUCAAGUACUAUGGGGAUAGAAAGGCGUUGAUUGGGGGUGGCAUUGCGGCUUUUGAGGGGACGAGUAGGAGUUUCACCUUGACGUAA